AUGAAUAAAUUACAACGACAGAAAGCUUUGUUAACGGAAGAAAUUAAGAAUAUUAAAAUCGUUAAUGAAAAUUCGGAAUCGGAAGCUGUGGUAUCACUGCAAAAGUCGAUGAAAGGUUCAGUGAUGGAGCUUGAGAAGAAGUUUAGUGAUUUGAAUGAAAUAAUUAACGAAAAAACCACGGAAAUCACUUCACUUACUAAAACAAAUAGCGAAAUAUUGGAAAAAGUUAGUGAAUUGGAGAAGGAAACAGUUUUAAUGACCAACGAUCGUGACACUUGCCGAACGAAAAUCGAUUCAUUGAAGAAUGAAAAACGAGAUGACGAGAAAACAUUGGAACAAGAAGUUCGAGAAAAGAAUGAAUCGAAGACACAAGUAACAAAUAUUUUUCAAGAAAUUGGACGCUUAGAUUCGGUCUGA